GGGUGCGGGCGCUCCGCGGCUGCGCGGCGCGUGCUGGCGGCGGCUCGGUCCCGGCCCGCGCCCGCGGCGCCCCCGCUGCGGCCGGAGCGGCCUGGCUGCGGGAUCGGUGAGCAGCGAUGGCGGGGCAGUCCCGGAAGCGCCCGGCCUGGGCGUCGCUGCUCCUGCGGCUGCUGCUGACUGGGAUAGCUGCCUGCAACGCCAGCCCCGCGGACGACGGCGCGGGUCCCGGGGGCCGGGGACCCCGGGGACGCGCGCGAGGGGACGCGGGCGCUGACGAGGCAGUGCCACGCCACGACUCCUCUUACGGCACCUUCGCCGGCGAGUUCUACGACCUGCGCUACCUGUCGGAGGAGGGCUAUCCUUUCCCCACUGCUCCUCCUGUGGACCCGUUUGCCAAAAUCAAAGUGGAAGACUGCGGAAGAACUAAAGGAUGCUUUAGGUACGGCAAGCCCGGCUGUAACGCAGAGACCUGUGACUACUUCCUUAGCUACCGGAUGAUAGGGGCUGAUGUGGAGUUUGAGCUGAGCGCAGACACGGAUGGCUGGGUAGCAGUUGGAUUCUCUUCAGACAAAAAGAUGGGCGGUGAUGAUGUCAUGGCCUGCGUCCAUGAUGACAAUGGCAGAGUCCGCAUCCAGCACUUCUACAAUGUGGGACAGUGGGCAAAGGAGGUCCAGAGAAAUCCUGCCAGAGACGAGGAAGGGGUUUUCGAGAACAAUCGUGUCACCUGCAGGUUCAAGCGUCCCGUGAACGUUCCCAGAGACGAAACGAUCGUGGAUCUACACUUGAGUUGGUAUUACCUGUUCGCUUGGGGUCCGGCGAUUCAGGGCUCCAUCACCAGGCACGACAUAGACUCCCCACCGACUUCAGAGCGCGUUGUCAGUAUUUACAAAUACGAGGACAUUUUCAUGCCGUCGGCUGCCUACCAGACCUUCUCUUCUCCGUUUUGUUUGCUUCUCAUUGUCGCCCUGACCUUCUACUUGCUGAUGGGAACCCCUUAGCCACAGCUGCAAGGCCGACAGACUAGGUGGAGCGGCAAGCCUUCAGUAUCGCCCGUACUAUUCUAGCUUCCGUUACUUAAAAACAAGUCAUGAUUUCAACAUUUUUGGGGGAAUAAAAAAGAACAAGUUUUUCUCCUAGUCAAACAGGAUUGUCAAGGCAACCCUGCUUUCGGGAAGUAUUUAAACCGUUUGUGAACACUUCAAAUAUGUUUUCUAUUUGAGCUUUACAGUGUCUGUGCAUUUUGGUAAAACUGAGUCAUCAUACUGAUUGGGAUUUAAACCCAGACAAAGGCUGCCUUUUGGUGGCCUGCAUGUUUCACAGCCUUGGCUAGCGUGAUCAGCUGACACAACGGGGAGAUAAAGACCUGGAUGUGGGCCGGGCGGUGGUGGCGCACGCCUUUAAUCCCAGCACUUGGGAGGCAGAGGCAGGCGGAUCUCUGUGAGUUCGAGACCAGCCUGGUCUACAAGAGCUAGUUCCAGGACAGGCUCCAAAACCACAGAGAAACCCUGUCUCGAAAAACCAAAAAAAAAAAAAAAAAAAAAAAAAAAAAAAAAA